UUUAUUUGUAUCUCUAGUCCGACAACUGUCGCCCCAUCUGUCGUCGUCGUUGUCGUCGACGUCAUCGAUGGUUAGACUUAUGAACAGCUGAUCCGUACACCAGAUGUCAGUAUUGGUGUCAAAGACUGCGAUUGCGUUCAGUGUUUUCGUCGUUUGAAAAGACGUGGCAUUGAAUCCAAUGGCAAAUAAUAAUCACAAUUCGCGACCAAAUUCCAGACAAUCGUUCGCCAGUGGCCACCACUACCCGGCGGCGACUGCGGCGUCGGUCAGUGGCCAACACCAACAACACCAACACCAACUACAACAACAGCAGAUGAUUCAACAUAUGAUUCAAUCGCCGCCAAUGAUGUCCACUAAUGGACAGUACUAUUCGUCGCCGCCGUCAAUGACCGGAAUGGCUGUCAAUGGCCAACAACUCCCGCAACAGAUUUGGUCGCAAAACGAAUAUUUAUCGCAAUAUUAUUCACAAUAUUAUAGAGAAUACUAUCGAAGACUUCUUCAGCAAAAACAUCAAUCGGAAGAUCAGAAGACCCGCGAAAAGCCGACUCUUCGGGCGCCACUCAAGUACGGCCAGCGGAAGGUCCACUCGCGAGCCGUGUUCAGUACUUCGGGUCUUUUAGUUGUGGACAAUACGUCUUCUUUUUCGGUGAAAUCAGUGUUUGUUUACAGUCUUUCGGAUCUGUUUUCAGAAUAUCUUUUCGUUUGUCUUCAAUUACAACAUCUCUUAAGACAACAACAAUUGCCAUUCAAUGCGAGAGACAAUUGUCUUGAAUGGUUAAGAGGCUCGAGAGGAGUUCUGGAGUCGCGUUUGGGUUCUUCAGGCGUUUGUCUCGAAAGACGUCUUGUUUUUCAUGUUUUGGAAACUCUUUUUCGGCAAAACUCGCGCUUAAAAGGCCACCAAAUCGCCGAACUCUUGACUCCGCAUUUGGUUGCCGUCGAUUCGACGCCCGAUUCCGACCAAAUGGUUGUCCACGCCUUUCGUCAGUUCCUUCUUCGCGGUCAGCGAUCUCUUGCUCUAAAUCACGCGCUAAACAAUCGACUUUUCGAUCACGCGAUGGCUUUAUCCGCUUUAUGGCCACAACUAGAAGGAGGCGCGCCUCCCGGCGAACCGUUGGCCAAAACUUUGCGGAAAUUCAGCGAAACAUUGGAUCCGAAAGAUUCUCUUCACGUGUUUUACUCGACUUUGUUGUCUUCUGGUCACCCGAGUCCGAGUAGAGGACGCAAAACGACUGCCGAAGCCUUUCUUUUGCUUUUAGCCAAUGAAAUGGAUUUAAACGAUGUCUUGGUUUUCGACGAAAAUCGCUUUUUUGCGAACCUUUUCGCUCUCGUGCGUCGUCUCGGACGACGACCGGACGACACGCGAGACGACGACUUUGUUUUGGCCGAAGAUCUCUUCGAAUCGGAAGUCGAAUGUCUUUUAGUCAACGAAUGUCUGGAAUUUGGUCUUUACGGCGGAAAACGAUUUAAUCGCCGUUUAGCCGAUAAUAAGGCCCGAUUUGCGGCUCUUCUGUUUGACUUUGGAUUUACCGAAAGCGCUCUUUUCUAUUGUCGACAAAUCGCAAGUUUCGGCGACUCUUUGGCCGCAAAUUCGCGACUAAUUAUUCGGGAAAUUGAAUCACGUGUCGACAAAGAAAGUCAACAUUUCAACGACGAAAGCGUCUAUCGGGACGACGAAGACGACGACAACAUAGACGACGAACCAUACGAUGAGUUGAGUGUUCAGCCGUCGUCCGAAGCGACGCCCGAAGAUAGUCCCACGCGAUCUGAACGACAAACAGUUGCCGACGAAGUGGUCAACGAUUUAGAAGAUAAUCGACAACAACAACAACAAUUGCAGAAACAACAAGAACUACUUCAACAACAACAACAGAUACAACAACUACGACAACAAGAAGAAGAGCUGCAAACGCAGCGUCAAUCGGCAGAACAGCCGAAAAGUGAUUUUUACGGUCAAAUCAUUCCACAAAUGAAUUUUGUUUCGCAACCCGUCGUUCAGCCGACGUCUCAACAAUACGUUCCGCAAUCGUCAUCGAUGACAGUGUCGUCAGCCGUCGUCCCGGACGACACUAUGAAAAUUGUGGCAAACGGCGACGUCCCGCACGUCACAAACGGUCCGCCGAUUUUCACUCCUCAGCCGGCGAUCGAAGAAAACAAUACGAAUUCUUAUCCAUUCCUGACGUCAUCGCCGGGAAUUGUAAUGCCGUUUUCAUCGCUUCCCGAAUCGACUGGAAAUCGACAAAAUUUGCCGAACGACGACUGGACGACAACAACCGCAUCGCCUCCUCCGCCGCCGCCUAUUGCAUCCGCGACAGUAUCUCCUCCUCCUCCGCGACAGUCAUCGCAAUCGAUGACAGAUUCAGUUGUUUCGGGAGAAUCGCAGACAAAGAGUUCCGGAAUUUUGUCGAAACUUUUUGGUUUAAAACUCCGAAAUCAGGCGCAUCUUCCCGACGAUUCCAAUCCCUCUCUUGUUUUUGAUCCCAAUCUUCAGCGUUGGGUUGAUAAAACACAACAAACCACUACCGACGCUGCGCCGGCCGCCUCUGCACCGCCCACUUUGCCAGCCUUGCGUCCGACGGCCGCUGCGACGGAUGUCUUGCGUCGGAAGCGUUACGUCGAUAUCACUUCAAUACAGCGUUAAAUAUGUCAGUUGUCGUCCCGGACGUCGCACUCAAAAUACUGCUCAAAGAUUGCGUCGUCCGACGUCCGCCACGCGUCGUCCCGGGCGUCGGCUUCGACCAAUGCGUCUACCAUUUGACGGGCAGUGGCCACCAAUAGUUCGUAGUCGUCUGUUUCGGCGGCCAAAACAAUGGCCACUAAGACAGAGACGACGACGAAGAAAGCGGAAACCAAUCGAAAGGACAUUUGGAGGACGUCUUGGAGUUUUAGAUAGAAGAAGAAGAAAAAGACGACGACGUCUGAGACGACGCUUUGUUUUAGUUUUUUUGUACAAAAA